AUGUUCAAAUCAAGCGGACUCUUCAAGGAAGUCAGAUGUCCUCAGGGCACAAAUUGCGCUUUACUGAGUUGCAUCUUCUCUCAUGCCGGAUUCAAGGGAAAUGCAGAAGAUGAUGCUUCAGUCACGCCCGCUCCCCAUGAUCUUACAUCUGCCAGGGAGCCUGACGAACCGCCUCACAAAAAGCGACGUCUCUCCCCGAUUCGUCAGGGAACAGAUGGUGAUAGAGAUAAGACAAAAUUGGCACCCAUAACACAAUCGACCGCCCUGAAGACUUCUGCCUCUGCUCGAAACUCGGAACCAGAGAUCAAGCUUGCGACUCGCGAACAGGCAGAUCAGAAAUCAUCAAGGGUCCGUAGUCCUCCGGCCUCGGUUGACAGAACGGUCUCUCCACCUUUAAGCCACCCUAGCAGAAAGCUGGGUGAUGCCCAAGAACAAAAGACCCCGUCAACUAGAAAUGGCACGGAAAUUGCUGCGAGGUUGGCAACCCUUCCCAAGGAGAGCCUGACUCCACGGCUUCUAAAUCCCAAUCCUGCACCACAUCCGGUCCGCUUAGCUAUUUUGAAGAAGAUUCAUGAGCAAGUUACCAGACUCAACGACGAAGCAUUAAGGGACCAAGGAACGAGAAGAGAGUUAGUGCUCUCCGACAAUGAAAUUAUCACUCUGGCAUUGGACGAAGAGGAGAAGAUGGGCAGAGAGAACCCUCAGAUCUACAAGAACGUGGUUGGUCAUCGAAUUCAGCGACUCAAGAAGAUGAAUCUCGAACAAUGGAAAUCAUCUGUUUUGGCAGAAUUUGAGAAGAAGUACCUGCCGCCAAAGAAGCCUACAGCGUCCAAAGAGAGGACCAUCGAGACAGGCUUGACGGCACAGCAAGAAAUCGCAGUCCUAGCCCAUAUAAUCACACCCCUCAAAGGACUCGAGGCUCACGGUUAUGUGACUACUGCUCCAACAGCUGCAGAAAUAAAGACAGCAGAGGACGGCGUUAUUGCGGCAGGUGGGUUCGAACGCUGUGAUCGAUGUGGCACCAGAUUUCAGGUCUUCCCUGGCAGAAACUCUGACGAUACAUCAAGAACCUUUGGCCGCUUGACUUCUACAGAGAACGGCUGCACGUACCACUGGUCAAAACCAUUCAGACCACCUAGAUCAUCAGCGGGUGUUGGUGAACAGGAAUCAUACUACCUGUGCUGCCGUGGCGCAAUUGGCAGCAAGGGCUGCACACAGGCAGGUGACCACGUUUUCAAGACUUCGGACGUCAAGAGAAUGGCAUCUGCUCUGCAAUUCGAACAGACACCAUGGCCGAAGGACUUGGAUCAUCCACGAGGACCAGUCACCUUUGACUGCGAGAUGGGAUAUACUACACUUGGUAUGGAAUUGAUUCGACUUACCGCCGUCUCCUGGCCACAAAAUCAACAAUUACUGGACAUGCUCGUUCGACCCAUUGGAGAAGUGAUUGACUACAAUACUAGAUUCUCAGGCGUCUCCCAGGAGCACUUCUCGAAAGCUUUGCCAUACGGGGCCGAGAAACCAGAGCAGGAUGAUUCAAGCUCGGAAGAUGGCGAGUUGGCAGGAGAGCCACUUCGUAUUGUUGAAACACCCAUGGCAGCUCGCAAGUUGCUCUUUGAUCUAUUGACUCCCGAAACGCCUUUAAUUGGUCAUGCAAUUGACAAUGACCUUAACACAUGUCGCAUGAUUCAUCCAACCAUCGUCGAUACCGUCCUCCUCUUUCCACAUCCACGAGGCCUACCCAUCCGCUACGGCUUGAAGAUGCUAACGAGUAAGUAUCUGGAGCGUAGUAUUCAGACAGGAGGUGCUUUAGGCCACGAUUCAAAAGAAGACGCCAUAGCCACGGGAGAACUGGUACGAUUCAAGGUUGGGGAGAAAUGGAAGCAUAUGAGGCUUCAGGGAUGGACGUUUCAGGAUGCAAAAUUGGUACCUCCAGCAGAACCGGUGAAGAAGUUACCGGAUGUCUCAAAGACGUUGAAGAGGCCUGCAUCACAACUCGACAGUGCUGUAGAAGCGAACGAAAGCGUUGGAUAG